AUGGAGAUCAUUUCAAAAAACUUGGUUUGAUGAGUUUGAUUGGCUAGAGUAUAGUGAGAAGAAGGAUGCAGCUUAUUUCUUAUAUUGUUAUCUUUUCUUUGAUCCGGGGAAGCCUGAAAAAUUUGGUAGCUCUGUCUUUGCAAAGGAUGGGUAUGUUAAUUGGAAAAAUGCUAAGGACACAUUUAAUCAACACUCUACUUGCAAGACUCACAACAAUGCUAGGCUAAAGUGUGAUGACUUUAUGAACCAAAGAACAAAUGUCGGUAGAAAAAUCCAGAGAAUUAGCAAAGAGGAAGAGAAAAGAUAUGAGAUUCACUUGAACUCUUCUAUAGAUGUAGCAAGAUUUCUCAUAAUGCAAGGUGAGGCUUUUCGUGGACACGAUGAGUCCUCUACUUCCAACAACAAGGGUACAUAUAGAGAAAUGGUUGAUUGGUAUAAAGACAAAGUUGAGAUUGUCAAGGAUGCAUAUGAUAAAGGUGCAAAAAAAUUGCAAAAUGAUAUCUCAUCAUAUACAGAAGGACAUAACAAAAGCAUGUGCAGAGGAAGUCAUGUCAAUAAUUAUGGAUGAGAUUGGAGAUAAAAAAUUCUCUGUGUUGAUUGAUGAGUCCCGAGAUGUAUCAAUAAAAGAACAGAUGGCUGUAAUUCUGAGGUAUGUGAAUGAUGAAGGGAAGGUGAUGGAGAGGCUUCUUGGACUUCAGCAUGUUGAGAGAUGUACAGCUGCUGCAUUGAAAGAAGGUUUGGUCAAUAUGCUUGACAGUCAUAAGCUACCAAUCUCUAGGCUUCGUGGGCAAGGAUAUGAUGGAGCUUCCAAUAUGAGAGGUGAAUUUAAUGGUGUGCAAAAAUUGAUUCGAGAUGAAAAUCCUUAUGCUUUCUAUGUGCAUUGUUUUGCCCAUCAAUUGCAAUUAGUGGUUGUUACAGUUGCAACUUCUACUCCAGCCAUUGCAGAUUUCUUUAACUAUGUUUCUCUAAUAGUUAACACUGUCGGUGCAUCUUGUUUGAGAAAGGAUGCUUUGCUUGCAAAGCAUCAUGACGUGUUGUUGGAGAAGUUGGAGAGUGGGGAGAUCAACACUGGAAAAGGUUUGAACCAAGAAUGUAGUCUAGCAAGGCCCGGAGAUACUAGAUGGGGUUCACAUCUUAAAACUUUACUUCGUAUUUUGGUGAUGUGGGAACCUGUCAUAGACAUUCUUGAGAUAGUAAGGAAAGAUUAUGUUAAACCAACAAGUAAUGGGGGAGCAUUUGGUUUAAUUGGUAAAAUGGAGAGCUUUGAUUUUGUGUUCAUAAUGCAUUUAAUGAUACAAUUGUUGAGCAUCACAGAUUGUCUGUCACGUGCUUUGCAAAGGAAGGACCAAGACAUUGUUGAGGCAAUGCAUUUGAUCAUAGAUGUGAAAGAGCAGUUGCAGGAUAUGAGGGAUAAUGGAUGGGAUCCAUUAUUCAAAAGAGUGAAAGAAUUUUGUGAUAAGAAUGAGAUUGAAGUGCCAGAUAUGGACAAGGAAAUAAAUGCUAGAGGGAUAUCUGCACGUAGAAAGUUAAAGAUGCCAUUUUGUCCAAGAUGA